AUGAACAUAUUCCAAAGGGUCGAUUGCUAUUUUGUGGCUUCAUUCCCCAUCAUAAUUUACUAAUUAGUCCUAGAAGUGAUUGAAUAUCAAGUGAUUGAACCGAAGACGCUUGGAUUUUAACUCUCUUCGGCUUCAAUCAUCUUUAUAUAUUAGUUUUAUAGUUUUUUCUAAUAACAUGAUGUAACUUCAGUUGCAGAAUAACUUAUCACCAAGUAAUUGUUGGAAAAUAGUUAUAUUAAGAUUUUCACAAAAAAUUUAGAAGAUUUAACACCCAAUAUAUUAUUGAGUUAGAAUACUUCAGCUUAAACCAUUUUCACUACUCGAAAUAAAUGCGAAAACUUGGAACUAAUUCCCAAUUCAGUGAACAAAGAACUUAAAAUUAAAAGUUUUCUAAAUAGCGAUAUCCAAUUAGAGGAAUCUGCUGACUCAGAAAUAGAGAGUCCAACUAAAUAUUAAACCUUCAAAAACCUGAGGGAUUUUAUCAUUAGUGUUGUUUCUAAUUAGUAAACUCAAAAUACAGAUAAUUUAUUCGUUGCUUCUGAAAUUGACAUAGAUUCUGGUAAGAAACAAAAAUUCAAGGUUAUUAUCAAUAAAGAAAUUCAAAAGUACUACAUCAUUGCCUUUAUUAAAAUCGAUUCUGCCAUUGUAAGAAAAUAACGUAAUUCUAUAGCAAAAUUCAAAACAAGAUUGGCCAAUAAUUUUACUCAUAAGUUAAAAACUUCUCUUAAUGCAACACUCGCAUUUUUAUCAAAUGCUACUAAUGAUAGAAAUGUUGAUAAGCAUGUCUUUUAAUCUUAUAUCCAUCCAUCAUACAUUCAUUCAAAAAUAUAGUUAUAUUAAGUUUAAGAUUUACUCGAUUAUCUCAAUAAAGAUUAAGAUUAAAUUGGAUUGCAAGUAACCAAAUUUAAUCUUCAGUAAUCUCUAAGUUAAAUAUAUGAAUUUAUUGAGUAUUAAUGCAAAGUGAAAAAUAUUACUGUUAAAUUUUUGAUAAAUGGAAAUGAUUGGAAAUUGCAAGAGAAGUAAAUUUCAAAUUAUCAUUCUAGUUAAUUUUAUCUUUAUUCAGAUUGUCAAAAAUUUGAAAGGGUUUUAUUCAAUUUAAUCAACAAUUCAUACAGAUUUGCUCCUUUAAAUGGAGAAUUAACAAUUGAUUUAGUCUAUGAUUCUCCAAAUAACAAGUUACAUGUAAAAAUAAAUGACAGUGGAGAAGGAAUACCAGAAGAUCAACUCAAUCUAAUAAAUACUCAUGCAUAAUUAUAAAAUAAGUAUCAUGUUACUAAUAAAUAUGUUUCUGCUAAAAACAAGUCCAAAUUUGGAUUAACUUUGCAGAUCACCAAUAAAUUAAUAUAUAUGUUGAGUGAUUCAAACUGUUCCCUGUCAGUAAGAAAUGAUUAACAAUAAGGAGGGUGUAGUUUUGAGUUCUUUAUUAUCAUUAAUUCUACAUCCAGAGAAGGAUCAUUAGAACAGAUUAAAUACUCCAAUUAUAUUAAGGAGUCUAAACAAUCGUCAAUCAAACAACAAAACAAAAUAAAUCGUUCUUCUAAAUCUUCAUCUUAAAGGUCAAUUUUGACUAGGAAUCAAUUCUUCGAUCAAAUUGAAGAUGAACCUUAGCCACUAAAGCCGAGAUUGUCGAGAACCUAUUUAAUUCAUGAGUAACGAUAUUAGAAUAAUCAAAUAAAGAGGCCGACUCUAUCUGGCAUACGGGAUCUGUAAUUAUCUCAUGUGAUUGAUCCAAUCAAUUAAAAUGGAACCCCAAAUCAUCAGGACAGUCGUUUCAUAUUGAUAGUGGAUGAUGAACCCUUUAACCAUAACACAUUAACUUUAAUGCUUCAAAAGUUGGGUCACAAAUAAUUCCUAUAUAGUUUUAAUGGAUAGGAGUGUAUUGACAAGGUUAAGCAAAAUCCCUUGGGCAUCAAGACUAUUUUCAUGGAUUUAGAUAUGCCAAUUAUGGGUGGAUUGCAAGUAAACAAUUGAUGUAUUAGACAGGCUACCCAAAUACUGAUUAGGAUGAUGACUGAAGGGAAAAUAGACUACAUCCCAAUUAUAGGUUGUACUGCUCAUGAUGAUUUUGAGACACAAAUAAAAUGUCUGAAGAUUGGAAUGGCUCAUGUGGUGACUAAGCCUGUAUUUAUAAAGAGCUUGCAGGAGGCUUAUCGAUAGAUUAGAGAGGAACAUUUAAUCUAAGAACAUCGUAGUGUUUAAAUUUCAAAUUCAUUAGAUAAAUUUUGAAAUUUACACUCUUUUUAUAGUCUUUCUUAUGAAAAAUUAAUAUAUAUAUUAGUUAAUUAAAACAUAGUUACAAUAUUUUAAUAAAUCAAUCUUCAAUAAUAAUAAAAACUGUUUUUAAUUCUCCAAAUUUAAUUAUUUAGUUCAUGUAAUUUUAAUUUAUUUCAAUAUUUAUGUUAUAGGUGUCAUAAAUAGGACACGACAUUAUAAUUGGGUGCUUAAACCAAAAUUUGAUAUUGAUUAUGAUUAGUGGAAUCCUCUUCUUUUUUACUUUACUUAUUCUAUUUAAACAUUAUAAAUAGUCAUUUACCUCAAAAUUAUUAAAAGCAAUAAAUACAUUUACCUCUCCUAUGCUAUUAGGUGUUGCUUUAUUGUAUAUAGAGUAUAUUUUUACGGUUCUACUUAACUUUGGUCCUCAUUUCAGCUGCUUAAUUCAAAUUUCAAGAGAAAUAAUCGUUCAUAAUUAGUUUGCUAUAUUUUAUCACUGCUCACAUUUGUACUCGUAUACUGUUUGCAAUAUGAUGGUUUUUUAAAAAUGAGUAUGGCCAGUGAAAUAUUCUAAUGUUUAAGUUAUAUGAUUUACAUAAUGUAUAUGAAGAAAGAUAAUAAACAAAAUUUAAAGAUGUCUCGAGACAUGUUGUUGAACGAAAUUUAGAAAAAUUGCUUCUUGAAAAUUUUCGAUAAAAAUAGAUAAUUAAUAUUUACUUAUCCAACAACAGUUGAAACACAAAAGCUACCUUUUGAAAACAAUUAUAAAGUCUACAUGGAUUAAGAGUUGAGCAGCUCUCCUUCCAAUUAAAAGUCCUUCUAUAGAACAAAAACCUUUCAUACCACAGAAGAUUUUAUAACUUAUAUAGAAACUGAGGAUAAUCUUGAUAGUUUACACUUUAAUUGGUAUUUGGCAACAAUCAUUGAUUCACAAACUAAGACAAAGACUAAAUACCGUGUUACUCAAUAAAAAACAAAUGAUGAAUUGAUUGUCCUAUAUUUUAUGAGAAUUGAUCCCACUAUCCAAAAGAAAUCGAAUGGCAAAUUUAUGCAUCUCAAAAAGGAUAUUUCCAAUAUUUUUACUCAUAAAUUGAAAACCCCUUUGAAUGCUGUACUUGGACAUUUGACAUAAGCCUAUUAUGAUCAAGAUGUGGAUACAAAAAUACAGAAUAACUAUAUUAAACCUGCUUAUGUAAAUUCGAAAUUACAAUUAUUUUAAAUUCAAGAUUUGCUUGAAUAUCUGAAUUCAGAUUAAGAAGCAUCCUCUUUAUAAAUAUGCAAAAUCAAUUUGAAGACCCUCUUUAUAUCAUUAUAGGAGUUGAUCCAGUCGUAAUGCUCAAUGAAAAAUAUACAUUUAUUAUUCACUAUUAAUGAGAUUAAGUAUAAUAAAAUGGAUAAGUAAAUUAUAUUCAAAUUAAUUUAGAAUCUGCAUUUACUCUGAUGUUCUAAAACUUGAAAGAGCCCUAUUCAAUUUAUUAAAUUUAUCUUAUAGAAACACGACCUAAAAUGGAAUCAUUUCUUUAAAUGUAACAAUAGAUAAAGAGGCAGAAGAUGCCUCAUUCUAAAUAUCUGAUAUGGGAAUGGAACUGUCAUAAGAAGAAAUAGAUGACUUAAACUAAUGGAUUGUUUGUCAUAAUUUAUUCAAGGUUUCUAAGAAGAAAUCCCAUUAUUAAUAAGAGAUGUUAACAACUCUGUCAUUAACAAGCAAAUUGAUAAAAUCUUUGAAUUAAUUCAAUAAUUAAUCGUUAGAAUUAUGCUAAACAGAAAACAGUGGUAUUUUAUAUAAAUUUAAAAUUAACAUCAAUAGAGAAAGAUCUGCUGAUAGUUCUCUCGAAUAAUACAAAAUUGGAUACAUUUUAAAACAAAGAAGUUGUAGAUUACUGCAUACUCAUCAUAAUAUCUCGUAAAAGUCGAUAUUUUCUGGAUAAGAUUUAAGCAUCCCAAUUCUUGAGGACUCAAUUGAUGAGCCUUCUGCAAAUACUCCAAUCAUAGUGAAAAUGAGUUUGCCAUCUAAGGUACGUUAGCAGCAAUAGAGAUAAAUAGCGGAUCAACCAUAAUAGUUAUCUUUAACAUAAAUUGAUUAAACAAAAUCGAUUCUCAUUGUAGAUGAUGAACCCUUUAAUCAUGAUACAUUAAUUUUGAUGUUAAAAUCUCUGGGCUUUCAGAGUUUUUUUAAAGCCUUUGAUGGACAACAAGCUAUUAACAUAGCCAUUGCAAAAUAGAAUGAAAUUUAUGUUGUGUUUAUGGAUCUUGACAUGCCGAUUAUGGGUGGCAUAGAGGAAACCAAAUAUUUAGUCUAAGAGAUGAUGAAACUCCAUAUGCCAUAUUUUCCUAUAAUUGGGUGUACUGCCCACGGAGAUGCCGAUUCAAUUGAAUAAUGCAUAUAGGCCGGUAUGCUUCAAGUGGUUGUGAAGCCUGUAUUUAUAAAGACUUUGAAGGAAACUUUCAAUUUGAUUUCGGAUCAUCCUUAAAAGACUUACAAUCGCAUAGGAUCACUGUUAUUUUGA